AUGACUAAAUUAGUCGAACAAGUUCAAUCUCACCAUAAUUGUUGGUUGCAUGUCAUAUGGUUCCAAAAACUUGGUCUGAAUGGGUUGAAGAUGACAAGGAAAAAGUUUUUCCAAAUCUUAAAACAUUGUUACGAUAUUGGAUUCCGUACUUUCGAUACCGCUGAUGUCUAUUCCAAUGGUGAAAGUGAAAGAUUGUUAGGUGAAUUUUUAAAAGAAUUCAAUAUUAAAAAGGGAAACAGUGGUUAUUUGCUAACGAAGACGUAUUUCCCGAUGGAUGAAACAUUAGUUUUAGCCAUGGUUGAAGCUCCACAAUCGGAGAGUGGUGUUUUGGACCUGGUUAAUCAACAAGGUCUAUCUCGUAAACAUAUUUUACAAGCUGUUAAAAACUCAGUGGAAAGAUUAGGCACUUAUAUUGAUGUUUUACAAAUUCAUAGAUUUGAUUCAACUACACCAAUUAAGGGAACUAUGAAGGCAUUGAAUGACGUUGUCGAAAAUGGCGAUGUUAGAUAUAUCGGUGCUUCUUCCAUGUUACCAACUCAAUUUGUUGAAAUGCAAGCAGUAGCUGAUAAGUAUGAUUGGUUCCAAUUUGUCAACGUUCAAUCUCAAUAUAAUUUGUUAUACAGAAAGGACGAACGUGAUUGUAAGAAACAUAACAUUGCAUUAACUCCAUGGUCACCAAAUUAUCAAAGUUUGUUAACCAUAUCAGUCGGUGUUGAAUCCAUUAGAUCUAAGACAGAUAAGUCAUCCUUGAUUGAAAUCUGCAAAAUUUGGAUGCUGCAACAUAAGGAAAUCAUUAAUCGUGUUGAAGACUUGUCGAAAAAGAAAGGUGCACCAAUGGCUACCAUUCCUACCGCAUGGGUUAUGGCGAUGGUUUGUCAGUCUAUUGUUGGGAGGUCUUCGGUUAAAAGGGUUGACGAAGCAAGGGAGGCUUUAAAGAUCAAGUUUACUGAAGAGGAGUUGGCUUAUUUAGAAAAAACCUUAUAA